GUCCAUCUAUACGCAUAACCUCACUUUAAUCAAUACCUAACUUUUUUUUUAUUUCUUCCCCGACUCGAAUUUUUUUUCGCCGUCCACCGUCGACUUUCAAGUCCCCCAAUCAGAUAUCGACGCGUCCACUUACGAGUCUAUCAUCACCUUUAACUUCCGCGACGGAAAUAUCAGCAAUGGCGGAACCUAUUAAGAAUCGCCGUGCAGAGGUUCCUGCUCCCACUCCGCAGAACACACCUGCCAGCAAUGCUCCCAUCUCUUCUCAUGCCCAACAACCGGGCGUUGCUAGCAUCAAAGAGGAGGAUCUUGAUCGCGCCGCUGCCGCGUCCAUCUUUGCCCAGAACCCACGACUAGUUCAGAUGAUCCAAGGCCGGCUUGGCUCUCUGGUCGGUCGCUCUUCCGGCUACAUAGAGUCGUUGCCCCAGCAUGUUCGCCGCCGUGUUGCUGGCUUGAAGGGUAUUCAGAAGGAUCACUCGAAACUCGAGGCUGAGUUCCAAGAAGAGGUCCUCCAGCUCGAGAAGAAGUAUUUCGCCAAGUUUACCCCCCUUUACGAGACACGCGCCGCGAUUGUCAACGGGAAGGAAGAGCCUACCGAUGAUCAAGUCAAGGCCGGUGAAGAAGAUAAUGAGGAUGACGAAGACAAGCCCGAGGUGAAGAAGGAGGCGACCGACGAGGCGGCCGCCGAAGCUACCGAGCUCGUUAAAGGCAUUCCGGAAUUCUGGUUGUCGGCGAUGAAGAACCAAAUUUCGCUUGCCGAAAUGAUUACUGACCGUGAUGAGGCCGCUCUCCGCUUCCUUACUGACAUUCGAAUGGAGUAUCUUGACAAGCCGGGAUUCCGCUUAAUUUUCGAAUUCGCCGAAAAUGAGUUCUUCACCAACAAGACCAUCACCAAAACGUAUUUCUAUCAGAAUGAGAGUGGUUACGGUGGCGAUUUCAUCUAUGACCAUGCUGAGGGCGAUAAGAUCAACUGGAAAGAAGGCCAGGAUCUCACCGUUCGUAUCGAAAGCAAGAAGCAAAGGAACAAGAACACCAAGCAAACUCGUAUCGUCAAGAAGACAGUUCCUACCGAGUCAUUCUUCAACUUCUUCUCGCCCCCUAAGGCACCCACUGAUGACGAUGACGACGCUGCUUCGGAUAUCGAGGAGCGCCUAGAGCUAGAUUACCAACUUGGCGAGGAUAUCAAGGAGAAGUUGAUUCCCCGAGCCAUCGAUUGGUUCACUGGUGAAGCCUUAGCUUUCGAGGAGCUCGAUGACAUCGAGGAGCCCUUCGAUGAUGACGAAGACGAUGAAGACGACGACCUUAGUGAAGACCGUGAUGACGACGAGGAAGAAUCUGAUGAUGAUGAUGAUGGUGCGAAGCCGAAGCAGGAGGCGCAAGAAUGCAAGCAAAGUUAAAUACGUCCUCGCCCGGUAAUGCUUUUUACUUAAUUCACGUCAC